UACAGUUAGUAAGCUUACAGCUGCAAUCAUACACUUAGUAAAAUUAAACUUGUGUUAAGCAAGCAUAUGAAUUUAGAUUCACAUCAGGCUCACUGACUGUCAAUGUUUUCAGUUCUGUUUUUAUGUUCUUGGGUAAUGUGCCAUAUUUAACUAUUCGUAAAGGCAGUUUGUAGGCAGUAUCAGUCUACUUUACUUAAUGAUAGGAAUUUCUUGGAAUGUCGGCGACACAUCAAUGAAAAGAGGAAAUAUGUGCCAAGCCAGUCUUCAGCAAGUUGAAACGAAGGAUAUUAUCUUAUUCGUAAAAGAUAACAUGUCUUGCGAUAAUUUCAAUGAUGUUAGAAGUACUUAAGUCCAAGAUUAAUGAGUUCAAAUUUUCCUAGAGAGUAAACAGGAAGUUGCAUGCAUGGCUCCAGCAUUGUUUCUAACAUUAGGAUUAGUAAAAAAGGCAGUUUGACUAAUAUAGUAGAACACAACGUUGUGGCGAUCUACUUUAGUAAGUUUUUGUCUUAAGUUAUUUUUGUAUACACAUGUAUCAUAAAUAUACAUAAGACAAAACAAAGUACAGUUGUUUUUCAUGUAUGUGAUAUCCAUAUACCUGUUGCACUUAUUUGAAAAGUAAUCAUGAAGUUGUGUUAUAUGCAGAUGGUUACUAAUUGAUUCAUUUUUGUUAAAACAUAGUUCAUUUUUAAAUGAAUAAUGACUGUAUCGGGACAGUGAACUCAUUCUUCACCAGUUAUGCCGGUGCUAUGUAGAAGGCAGCUGCUUAAAAAUUUUAACCUAGCCACCGUAUAACACUAUAACUGUUCAGUGUAUAUAGUUAAGUUAUUAAGUUUAUGUAAAUAUAAUGCACGCAAAUAAACAGUCCAGGAAGUUUCCUGAAUAAACUUAAUCAAUGCUAACAAGUGAGUUAUUAAUGCAACAUUACUGUUUUACCGCCAGGGUUUUAUCCUUUGUUUAUUUUUUCUAGGGAUAGUCACUGAUUGGUAAUUCAUAAAAGUAGUGGGCCAGUCAGGAAGCAGCGUUCUAUGAUUGAUACUAGAGAGAUUUCCAUGAAUUGUGCUAUUAGGAAGCAUGCUUAUCUUUUGUAAUUGCUUGCCAAGCAUUAGAAGCAUGCUGUGAACAAGCUGUUUAGUAAACUGUUGAUCCGCUUUGGUUGUACUCGGUGCCAAUCUUUCGAUGAGAGAGCUAUAGAAUGGGUAAUAAGUGCAGCACUUUCUUUAAGAGGUGUCCAUGUUUUGGUGGAGAAAAUAAGGAUGAGGAAACGGAGCCAUUGUUAAAACCAGAGUCAUCAGUUGCACGUUCAGCAUUCAAAAAUCCGAAGUCCGUUCGUUCAAUACUCGGCACUCCAAGCCCAAGGAAGUGGUCAAGCUGCACAGAUAUAUCUGCUCCAAUUAUUACUCCAAGUUCAACAAAUUCACUGCAAAGUUUAAACAAUGCAAGUCGCUCAAAGUCUCGUUCAUCAAGCCCUUUGCUAUUUUCUCCUCAUCACAAUGCCAAGAAACCAAAUCAACAGCCAGGUGUUGCUUCAGCUGAUGUUACCAACACUUCACCACCUGUGCAUGGCACCCUUACAAAACAGAACCACAGCCUUGACAUUGCAAAUACUCCCGAUACUGUGGCAAAGGAGGUAUUAGUUAGUCACACACAAUCUUUAAGGUCUUUGAACAACUUUACACCUUAUCAAGAUACUGAUGAUACGUCGUCUCUUUAUACUCGUCCAUCAUUAUCAUCAACUGGAACAUUUGAAUCACAAGAUUACGACAACAUUAGUUUACUAAGUUCUUCUUCUGACGCAGAUGUCCCGACCAAGCGACAUCGAACAGCCAUGGAGCUUCUGCAAACUGAAACAACUUAUCUCAGAAAUCUAAACACCAUUAUAAAGGUAUACAAAGAACCUCUGCAGAAAGCAGCAGAUGAAGGAAAACCUCUUCUUGCUCCUGAGGACAUCCGGAAUGCUUUUGGAGGAAUAGACGACAUUGCGAAGCUGCAUGCUUGCAUUCAUCAAGACCUCAGUGAAAUGAUUGAUAACUGGGAGGAGGAUUGUUGCAUAGCUCACAUCUUCACUAAAUACAGGGAGCAAUUACUUAAGGUUUACCCACCAUAUGUGAACUACUUUGAUAUGGGGAAAGAAAUACUGAUGAAGCAAGAGAAAGCAAAUCCUGAGCUCAGUGAAUUCUUCCUUGCUUGUUUCCAUGAACCACAGAGCUUAAAGCAACCACUCAAUGCGCUGCUUAUUCGACCUGUACAGCGGCUUCCCAGUAUUUCCCUGUUAAUAAACGAUUUGCACAAGCGAACUGAUGAUGGGCUAAGAGACAAAACUGAAUUGGAAGAAGCAAAGAAAGUUUUAAAACAAGUCCUGUCGCAUAUUAAUGAAGACAAACGGAAGACUGAAGGAAAAAUGAAAAUCUUUGACAUUGUUUAUGAGGUUGAUGGCUGCCCCGUAGAAGUUGUAUCGUCAAACAGACUGUUUGUAUCACGUAUAGAUGUUGCUACACUCACUGAUGGUCUGUAUCGAAGUGGUGAAAGGUUGGCUCUUUAUCUUUUAACUGAUGUUCUUGAAGUUGCAAAGUGGAGGAACAGAUCUCAUGGAAAGGCAGCCCCACUACUUAAACACAUCCAGUUACUGCCAUUAAGUAACAUCAUAAGCAUCUGGGAUGUUCAGGAUAAUGAUGAAUGUAAAAAUCUGUUCGCUGUCAAGUACAAAAGCCAGGGAAAUGCAAUUAUUGAUAGCAGUGUGAAUGGACAGGAAGAAAAAAUGUCAGUGCUACAACUUCUUGAUGAUAGAACAUUCAAAUCCAAAUGGUUGAACGCACUCACUGCACAAAUAGCCGAGGUGAAACAGGAAAAAGUAGAGAGUGUAAUGAAGCAAGUUGAACCUAUGGAACUUGCAAGCCACGUCAAGAAAGGUUCAAAAAUACUAAAGAAACUGACACGCGUGAAGCCAAAAGCUGAAUAAAUAAAUAUCUUCUAUGUACAACAUGUAGCAAUCAACCUGCUGCUAAUUUUAGGUAUUUUUCUGUCCUUAUCAUAACAGGAAAACAAAACAACUUAUUCAAUUGCCUUCAGUUGGUUAACUUGAUUCUAUAAGUGCAGUAAACCUUCUGCUGUAGUAUUUGAAUUUUUUGUAGUACUUUGCUUGAUCAUUGCAAGUUUUGUGUGGCAUACAACGCAAUAAUAGAUAUUGUUUACUUCCAUAAGAGAUUACUGGGUAGUCCUCAAUGAAUUGUGCUAAAUUUAAAUGGUGUGUAUGUCGUACCAUUUUAUAUCUCGUAUUAUAGUGGCACUUAAUUUUUCAUUAAUUUGUGACCUCGUUCCAAUAGUUGUUCAAUUUGCGCUGAUAUACAAUAUAUCACUGAUGUAGUUGUCAUAUGGUGUGUACGCUACUUACACAUGCAAUUAUUUCAAGCUGCUCUGUUGCAUGGCUACUUUUGUAAAUUCGACAGCAGUCCUGUAUGUUGCAUUUUGUGUCUUUUAUGUACUGCCGUACUUAAGCCUGGAAAGUUAGACUGUGACUAUAUGCUUCAGGUGAUCAUAGGCUUGAACUGUUACUGGUGGUAAUCAUGCUUACACAUUUACAUUCUUCAAUUCAUUUGCGUCGCUUUUGUGAUGUAUAAAAUAUACAAAAUAUUUGCA